UCGGUUUUCUUCAGACUUGAGCCACCGCAAGCAUGGAACACCCACAGCCGUAUGCCUCCACCUCCGGCGCCGCCAUCUCCGUCUAUCCGCUGCACCCAACGCCGAUGGCGGUGGUGGGGCCUCAUUAUUGUUGUCCGUAUCCGGUGGAACUAGCAAUCGUUAGAAAGGUGAUGACUCUUGCCGAUAAGUUCACCGUCACAGACUCAAACGGCAACGUCGUUUUCAAGCUUCAAGCGUCUCUUCUAUCCCUCCGCGACCGCCGUGUUUUGCUUGACGCUGCUCAAAACCCCGUCAUCACUCUGCGCAGGAAGAUUAUGACACUACAUGACAAAUGGAAAGCUUUUAGAGGAGAUAGCACCGACCCGAAGGAUCUCUUAUUCACUCUGAAGCGAUCAUCUUUGAUCCAGCUUAGGACCAAAUUAGAUGUGUUCUUGGCUUCUAAUACCACUGAACAAGCUUGUGACUUUAAGAUCAAAGGAAGCUGGCUGGAAAGAUCUUGUGUUGUCUAUGCCAGGGAAUCCAACACCAUUGUUGCCCAGAUGCAUAAGAAGCACACAUUUCAAAGCAUUGUGUUUGGGAAAACAAAUUUCAUGGUGACAGUGUACCCCAACGUGGAUUAUGCUUUCAUAGUGGCACUCGUUGCUAUUCUGGAUGAGAUUAACCAAGACCAAAGUGGCGGUUAAAAGCCAUGCACGGAUUUGGCCAUGGAGGGGGAAGGAUCCAGCUGUUGAGGAAUCAUGGGAAUGCAUGAUAGAAGUGAGCAUUUUGACGGCUCGGGGUGGCUCCUCUCUGGUUUGGCGCAUGUCCUCGUUGUCGUUUAUAUUUACGUUGUCAUGACACUGUUAAUGCUUUAACUUAAUGAUUUAGAACUUGUCUAAAUAGUCAUUACACUUUUGGUGAAUUUGGUUGAGAAACUCUACUUUAUGGAUCAUUUUUCUGAGAGACUUGACGACUUUUUUAGCUUCGCCCAACCUUUUAUAGACUCUAGACGGUUUUAAAUGCAAUGGUAUUUUUAGAAA